UCGACAGAAAAACUGGAAAGCGACCAGAUGGAAUUCAGCUCUGCCUUCUUAACAGAUUCCUUUCAUUUUAAUUGUGUCAGGGACAUUUUUCGCCAACUUUCCUGCUAACCAGCAGCCCUGGCGUGACUACAGAAGCUAAUCCGGGAGCCACGGCUGCGCUGUGAAGCGGGACAGACGCGUUGAAGACAUUUAAAGAUCCCCAACCAAACAUCUUCUCACUGAAGGUCCCAAGGCGAGUGUGUUCCCAUCAUGCCGCUGUUUGGUAAAUCCCACAAGAGUCCGGCAGACACCGUCAGGACGCUGAAGGAGAACCUGGCCAUCCUGGUCAAACAGGACAAGAAGACAGACAAGGCGUCUGAGGAGGUCUCCAAGUGUUUGGUGUCGAUGAAAGAGAUCCUGUACGGCAGCAACGAUAAGGAGCCUAACACUGAGACGGUGGCCCAGCUGGCUCAGGAGCUCUACAACAGCGGCCUGCUCAUUUCUCUGGUAGAAAACCUGCAAGUCAUAGACUUUGAGGGGAAGAAGGACGUGUGUCAGAUCUUUAACAACAUCCUGAGGAGGCAGAUCGGCACGAGGAGUCCCACUGUCGAAUAUUUCUGUUCCCAUCAAGAAGUUCUGUUUAUACUGCUCAAAGGGUACGAGACUCCCCAGGUAGCGUUGAAUUGUGGGAUCAUGCUGAGGGAGUGCAUCCGCCACGAGCCGCUCGCCAAGAUCGUCCUUCACUCGGAUCACUUCCACUGUUUCUUCAGCUACGUGGAGAUGUCUACCUUCGACAUCGCCUCUGACGCUUUCGCCACCUUUAAGGAUCUUCUGACGAGACACAAAGUGCUGGUGGCUGAAUACCUUGAACAGAACUACGACGCUGUGUUUGCAGAUUAUGAGAAGCUGCUGCACUCGGAGAACUACGUCACCAAGAGGCAGUCUCUAAAGCUUCUGGGCGAGCUGCUGCUGGACCGACAUAACUUCACGGUGAUGACGCGCUACAUCAGCAAACCUGAGAAUCUGAAGCUGAUGAUGAAUCUGCUCCGAGACAAGAGUCCCAACAUCCAGUUUGAGGCCUUCCACGUCUUUAAGGUUUUCGUAGCGAAUCCCAACAAAACGCAGCCCAUCAUCGACAUCCUGCUCAAGAACCAGACCAAACUAAUCGACUUCCUGAGCGGCUUCCAGAAGGAUCGCACGGACGACGAGCAGUUCAACGACGAGAAGACGUACCUAAUCAAACAGAUCAGGGAUCUGAAGAAACCAGCCUCCUAGAGGCCCCCCCCCCCCGCCUUUUUAUCGAUAGGAAGACAUACGGUAGAAAAAAAACACAUUAACAAUGAUAUUUAAGACGUUAUUUGUCUUUUUUUCUCUUUGUUCAUUUGUGCAGACGUAGAUCUCAAUCACUGAUCGUUUGUUUUGUAAAUUUUCUCAUGAAUCUUUUUUUUUUAUUACCGUAGCAUGUAGUGCCACCUCUCUGCUGAUGGAGGCAGCUGAUUCGCUCUGUUUGGAGAACCAGCGUUUAAAAAAAAGCUUCAGAUAGAAUGGUUCAAAGGCUGUCCGACGAAACAGACCUGACCAUUUCUGGCAUUUAUCCGUUGAGGGUUGAAAGUCGCUGCACACGAUUGAAUCUCUUUAAAAUAAGUAGCUGCAAAUCAGUAAAACAAUGAAGAAGUUCAGCUUAGCUUUUGGUCGUGGUGAAGUGUCAAACAUUCUCAGUCUUCACUAGAAGUUUAAGAUUUAAAAGCCAAUAAUCGUAUGUUUUCUCUCUCUAGGGAUGCAGAAUCGGGUAAAAAUCAGCCAGUUAAAGCUUUUAAUACCAAUCAGUCUCUGACAGUCAACGGCUUUGGGUAGAGAAAGCAAGAAUAUUGCUGAUUCAAGCACUGGGUUUUCCUCAGGAGGCCGUCUGGGCUCGGCCUCAGAGAUAGGACAAGGAGCUUUCAGUGAAGUGGCUGCUUAUUCGCUGCAGAAGGAGCUGGGUGGUUAGGGCGCCAGAGCAGGAUGCCUUAGGUCUUAUUCAACCUAGCCGAGUUUGAGAUGGCUCAAAUUAUUUUGUCUACUCACUUUGAUUGAUCAUAGGGCCUCAAAUCAGUAAAACCAUCCCUGCUUAAAAUCAUCACUGCAUCUGCUUCGAUUACACCUCAUUUCCAAACCCCUGCAGAUCAGAAAACAUCACAAAAUAUAGCAAAACUUUCUCAAUUGACUGCUUGUAUCCUUGUCUUUAAAUGUAAAGUUAUAAGUAUCAGUAAUGAUUGAUUAUAAGUGGCAGAAACCCUGCUAAAAUCCUAGCUUGCAUCCCAUUUUUACUACCUGAAACAACAAUACUCAGAGAUUCCCUGGACACUUUUCAUAUUUGUGUAAAAACAAACACCUGCAACUCUUUAAGCAUUUCCCUAGAGAGGAGAAAGCCCCACAAUGGCUGGUUUUACUGUGAUCACAGCUUUAAAAAGUCUCCUGCGUUUGUCCGCUAAAUUCUGCAGAUAGCUUCCCAUUUUAUUGGAGUUUUAUAGUCUGUGGUUCUGUGUAAAUAAGGAGUUAAAACUUCUGUUUGAGCUAAGCUUUAGUGAGACUGAGAAUAAUUGUGUUUUUAGUCACUUUUGACCAAAAAAAGCCACAGAUUGAUCUAUUUAAAGUAAAGGGCCUUUUCUGGCUGCUAUUGGUGCAGCAUCUUCAAUCACUGGUUCUCUUAGCACUUUGUGUAUGAUAAUAAUGAUCUUUUUGUCGGGCUGAUGGUCAUUUUGAAAUCUCUCGUCGUGUACAGACUCUGAGUGCCAUUUGUGAGUGAGAACACGGACACGCGUGAAGACGGCUCCUUUUUUCUUUCUGUACUGUAAACUGGUGUUUGACUCUGAUGUGGAGACGACUCAGAGGUGCCUUUUUGUUCUCCUUUCUGCUGUUUUCCCUUCUUUUUUGUAUUUCAGGAUCUUUUCUAGGGGGAGCUUAAUUACUCUGUCGAUGAAAAUAUGCUCUGCAUAGAACAUAUUUGGUUUUGAUUAAGCAGUGAACCUCUUAACUCGCUAUAUUUGAGUUAUACGCUGUUGAAGAAACUUUUUUCUUUUUUUUUUUUUUUUUUUUUGCAGCUGAUCGGUUGCUGUUGUGUGCAGACUCGAGUCAGAGAUUUGGUGCAGAUAGACGAGACGGGGCGGUGAAAUUUAACCGUGAAAAUCCACCGGUAGUUAGAAGGGGAGUUGUGGUGUUUUUGAAUCAUUUUGACCAAAAGAUACUAAGGUUUUAAAACCGAUGACUCACGUCUUUGUCACUGACAGGCAGAUCAACAAAAACCACCCUAGUCUGGCACUUUUAUCCAGGUAGACGAGCAACUCCUGCAAGUUUAAUCCUCGUUUUUAUCAAUGAAGGCUUUAAGGCAGUGGUUCUCAACCUUCUCAGCCUUGGUUGAACACAGCCAUGAACAUUCAAGAAUAGUCAUGUGGAGACAAGGCCAUCCAUAAAGGGGGAUAAAUGGGAGAGCUUUCUAGGGUCC